UAUACCCUUCCAUCCUUAUACAUCUCUCAGGAUCCUAUCUUUAGGGUUCCAAUAUUUUCAGAAAUAUCUCUUGAAUAUUUAAGCAACAUAUACAAAGUAUGGAGUGUGAGAGAUCAUCGUCGUCCACUUCAUCAGAAACCGGAGCCGUUCUUCACAAUCGUUCGUCGGUCUCCACCGUGACGAAACGAAUGUACGAGUGCACUUUCUGCAAAAGAGGUUUCACGAACGCACAAGCUUUAGGUGGUCACAUGAACAUCCAUCGACGUGACCGUCUCAACAAGGCGGCCAAGCUGCAAAAUGACGCUGACUCAUCACUCUCCGGUUCUCGAAUAUGUUUCCACGUGGCAUCUUCCGAUCGUGGAGGCUAUGAGCAAGUAGACUCCGUCGUCUUCAGGACAACCACGAACUUGAGCUUACGAGUUGGAUCGAUGGUAACAAGGAGAGAGAACGUCGUCGUUGAAGGAGAUGAAAUCGAUUUGGAGCUACGUCUUGGCUUAUGAGAUCAUCAACCACUACAUCUAUAUUUGUAUAAUACGUUUUUGGGUGUUAAUUGAAUGUUUUUUUCUUGAAACUUUAUUGAAUGUUUCUUGAGGUUGAUAUAUGUGUAUAUGUAAUAUACGGCCGCAUAUGAGGAGUUUAUAUUAUAUGUUAAUGUAAUAUAUGUUUAGGUGGAUAUUUAAUUAUGCAUGUUUUGUGAUC